AUGGGCUCCAGCUACUGCUGGUCCCAGAGCUGCUCUCUGCUAAAAAUGAAGACUCAGAUGAGUAAGGUUCUGGCUCUUGGCUUCUCACUAAUGCUCUCUUUAGCAGCAGUUGGAGGACUCAAAUGCCAUCACUGUGUCAAAGUCAGGAAAGAUAACACAUGUGUAAAAAAGCAUUUCUGUGAUGUCGCUGGUAGAAACUUCUGCUACAUUCAAAGAGUUUCCAAAGGGGGACAUAUUAGGCGAGUGCACCGGGGUUGCACCACCUUUUGUAUACAAGCCGUCAAGUUGAGCAUGGACUUUAUAAAGUAUACCUUUUGCUGCCAAACAGAUUACUGUAACAAAAAUAAUAUUUGGCAGCUUUACUAA